AACUGUUGUCGGGAAAUCGCUGGAUGCCGCCGAAGUCGUCGUUGUCGUACAAUAAUAAUAAAAAAGCGCUUAACAAAAGUAAUACUAGGUAAUUGGCUAUUAAUUGUGGUUAUCGACUGGCCAUUGUGGAGUCAUCAACUUUUUGCAUAUCUCAGUGGAAGCAAACUGGAAAACAAAAGAAAUACGAAGUAGUGUAAUAAAAUCAAAAUAAAUUGAAAGCAAAAAAUCCUUAGUACACACACCGACGGCGGCCGCUGUGACUGUGUUUGUUUGUGCGUGUGUGUGAGUGUGCAGCAGCAGCUUGUGAGGCCCGCGCAUGCGCCAACUCCCACAGCCGUAGUCGCGUCGGGUUUCUGUGCAUUAAUUGCUUUUGAGUUGAGGAGCCUUCAUCGAAAUCAUUUGAAGUUGCAGACGAUACGAUCAGAUCAGGCGGCUGUUCAGGUGUCUAUCAUGUAGAUCCCAGAAUAAGAGGGAAGUGGAAUAAGUGGAUUCAUGGUGGAAUCCUCGAGCCUGGGUCGGACCCCUCCGUCCGCCCAGCAGCAAAUUCCGCAACAGAACUCGCCCUCGCCCUCUGGGUUGCGGUGCGGCAACAUGGAGACGCGGGUUCGCGGGGCCUGGUAUCGUGUCCUAGUCACACUUGAAACGGACUUCCUGGCAGUCAGCCUCGACGAGUCAUGUGAGUCGGCGCAGCAAACGAUUGAUGGGCAAUCGACCACGCUGAAUGGCACCUUGGGAAGUAAUCACAGUGGUGGAGGGGGCGGACCUGUUGGUGGAGGAGGCUCUAGUCAGAAUGGCACUGGAACCCUGCCCAGCUCCGCCUCUCUGCAAGGCAUGAAUAUCCAAGACACCGAAGUAGAUGGUUCGACCAACAACGACAACGGAGAUCGGGAUCUCUGCCUGAACAACAACAACAAUGCCGGCGAUGGGGGCGGCAUGGAUUUGUGCGACGUACCUGACCAUGUGGCCAACCAGAAGCGCCAUGUGCGAAUCAUCAAGUCGGACAAUAACGGCCUGGGCAUAUCCAUAAAGGGUGGGCGCGAGAACCGUAUGCCCAUCCUUAUCUCGAAGAUAUUUCGGGGCAUGGCCGCCGAUCAGGCCAAAGGUCUCUACGUGGGCGAUGCCAUCCUCACCGUCAACGGAGAGGAGCUGCGCGACGCCACCCACGAUGAGGCUGUGCGCGCCCUCAAGCGCUCUGGUCGCGUGGUGGAUCUGGAAGUUAAAUUCCUACGCGAAGUAACGCCCUACUUUCGGAAGGCGAGCAUCAUCUCGGAAGUCGGAUGGGAGCUGCAGCGCGCCUUCCUCUGUCCGCUGGGACCGGGCGUGCCCACCUCUCCGCCAGCGCCAAAGACAACGCCUCGCGCGGACACGCGCUACAUCCCCCUACAGCUGACGCAUCUGGCCAGGAAUCUCAAGUACAUCGAUCCGGAGAACCGCUGCUUCGAGCUGCACUCGCCGGACGGAGUGCACUCCUGCAUCCUGCGUGCGGCGGACUCUGCGGAGGCUCUGGUCUGGUUCAAUGCUCUGCAUUCGGCCAUGGGCAGCAGCACGCAACGGGCCCUGGCGGAGGCCAAUCGCGCGCUGACCAAUCUCAUCGGCGAACUGAAGCACAUCGGCUGGCUGAGCAAGCGCCUGAACGGAGGCAGCUCGGGCAGUGCCGGAGGCGGCGGUGGAAGUGGCAGUGGUGCAGCCAGCGGCGGGAGCGGUACCUCCAACAGCGGAGUGGCCGGCGAGCUGCCCAGCGGUCGAUCCAGCUCUGAGAGUUCGGAUGAGAGUGACAAGUGGUUGCCCAUAUUUGUGGCCGUGACGGAGCGGGAGUUUCGGAUAUACGAGAGUGCCCCAUGGUCCGUGGAGGCUUGGAGUCGGCCCCUCGAGAUCUAUGCCCUGGCCACAACGCGUCUCGCCGGAGCCGGGAACAAUUCCUCGCUGAAUGGCCAACAGACCACGGUGUUUUGUGUACGCUGCGGCACUGCUAGGGGAGUCCUCGUAUACUGGUUGCGAUCGGAGACGCAUCGCGACAUGGCAGCCUGGGCCAGGGCCUUGGUGCAGGGCUCCCACCAGGCGGUAAACUAUCAGAGGGAGUUCUCCUUCCGCUGCCUCUAUCAGGGCCGACAGUGUCAAUUGGUUGUGCAUAUCAAUCGUGGCUUUUUUCUGUACGAUUGUGGUGGCUUCGCCCCCACCACGCCAACGCCGGCGGUGGCCGCCACCAAAACGCAGCUCUGGCAUUUUGCCUUCGACAAGCUAAAGGGCUCGGCAGAUGAUGGCACGCGGUUGCUGUAUCUGGACUUUGGUGAUGAUGGAGAAAUUGAACUGGACAUGGAGUGUUGCCCCAAGCCGGUUGUAUUUGUCGUGCAUAAUUGUCUGUCUGCCAAGGUUCAUAAUAUUGCCUAGAAUGCGGUACAAUUGGAAAGAUCUAUGAUAAAAAUGUUGACUUUUUAGGUGUAAUGGAACUUUGUUACAAGUUUUGUCUCUAUUUCAAAUUUGGUUGAGAUUAUUUGUACUUUUUACGAUUCUCUAAGGACCUAUUGAAUUUUGUAUACCCGGUACUCGAACAGUAAAUAGUGUACGUUAGAUUUGUGAUCGAAGCCAUAGAAGGAAACAUUUCCGACCCUUUAAACUAUUUAUAUUCUUGAUCAGCAUUAAUUGACAAGUCGAUUUAGUUGUGUCCGUCUGGUCGUCUGUCCGUCCAUCUUGAUGAACGCCUAGUGCUUCGAGGCUAUAAGAGCAACAGCAACAAAAAUCUGCAUCCACACUGCUCCGAUAUCACACGGUUGCA